UAUCAUUUUUAUGUUAUGUGCGUUGAGCACUUAAUCACAGCUAGACAUUUCGCGGAACGUGCAUAUGCAUACAGGAAACGGGUAUAUAACAAGGCGACAACAAAACGGACGCCGCAAUCAGGUAGUAAAACCCGAGCACAACGGACAAGAUUCCUUAAGACGCGACGAUCGCAUUCACGGAAAAUGAACGUGUCAGAGGUGCCGGAAGCACCAUGUUCGUCGCCCUUCGUAAGUGGACUCUCAUUGACCGAUGUCUGCAGCGGCAAUUCGGCCACUUUGUUUCUGUCUAUGGUGAACGUGUUAGCUGCCUAUAGUCCAAUAAUUAAUGGUGUGUGCGGGCGAAUCACGCCCAUCAAGAGACCGCUACCUAUUUACGACUUCAUUGUCGUUGGAGGUGGUGCGGGUGGAUCGGUCGUGGCUUCUAGAUUAAGCGAAAUUCCUAAUUGGAAUGUGCUCCUUGUGGAAGCCGGACCGGACGAGCCAGUUGGCAUGCAAAUACCGAGCAAUCUUCAACUCUAUCUGAAUACCGAACUAGAUUGGAAGUAUAAAACCACGAAUGAAUCGUACGCGUGCUUGAAAACUAACGGCAGCUGCAGCUGGCCCAGGGGUAAAAAUCUCGGAGGGUGCACUGGCCAUCAUGGUAUGGCGUAUCAUCGAGGCCACGAGAAAGACUAUGCCAGAUGGGUGGAAAUGGGAAACGAGGGGUGGUCGUGGAAAGAAGUGCUGCCGUACUUCUUCAAAUCAGAAGACAAUAAAGAAAUUGGAAGGGUCAGGGCACAGGAUCAUGGCACUGGAGGUCCAAUGACGGUCGAAAGAUUCCCUUGGCAGCCGCAAUUCGCUUGGGACAUAAUGUCGGCGGCUAAGGAGGUAGGCUUAGGAACUACCGAAGACUUGGUGGGCGAGAAUAUCAAAGGUUUCACUGUGGCGCAGACGAUCAGCAACAAUGGUGUUAGACUUAGUACUGCCAGGGCUUUCCUGUGGCCGCACAGGAACCGCAAAAAUCUACAUGUGGCUCUGAACGCGAUGGCGACGAAGGUGAAUACGAAAAAAAUCUUGUCAAAAGUGAAAGCCGAUGGAAUCACUUUCAUUAUGAACGGUCGACGAUACAACGUAAGAGCGAGAAAAGAAGUGAUCCUUGCAGCUGGCACCAUAAAUUCGCCUCAGCUUCUGCUUCUAUCGGGCAUCGGGCCGAAGAGUCACCUAAAAUCCGUGGGGAUUCGCCCAGUCGUCGAUCUGCCAGGAGUCGGCGAAAAUCUCCACAACCAUCAAUCGUUCGGCGUGGAUUUCACUCUCAGUGAGACAAACACAAAUGAAUUGAAUAUAAAUAGUGCUGAUAUGUAUUUUUACAAUCAAACCGGUCCGUUGUCGUCCACGGGUUUGGCCCAACUUACCGGAAUACUGGCGUCCAACUAUACUACCAACGAUGAUCCGGACAUUCAGAUCUUUUUCGCCGGUUAUCAAGCCAUUUGCGACACAGGCGACAGAAUUCCGGACUUGAAAGCGGACGGUAACAAAGAAACCGUUAGGUUUACCUCCGUAAAUCUUCAAGCCUUAAGUAGAGGUAGAAUAACACUUGCCUCGAACGACCCUUUACAUCAUCCGAUCAUUUGGGGCAACGAUUUGGCGAAUCCGCAAGAUCGAUCGAUUAUGUACCAAGGUCUUCAGCAUAUCUUAAAACUACCAAAGGCAAACGCGAUGAAAAAGUACAAUAUGAAGAUGGUAGAUGACACCGUCCCAGAAUGCGAACAGUAUAAAAAAGAAAUGAAUUAUGACUAUUGGGAUUGCCAAUUCCGAUACAAUACCAGGCCUGAAAAUCAUCAAGCCGGCACUUGCAAAAUGGGGACCUCCUCGGACCCCAUGGCUGUUGUAAGUCCAGCUCUCAAGGUUCACGGCGUAGAUGGUUUGAGAGUGGCUGAUGCCUCCGUUAUGCCCAAGAUGGUUUCCGGUAAUCCCGUUGCCGUGGUCAACAUGAUCGGCGAGAGGGUCGCCGAUUUCAUAAAAAACGAUUACAAAGUGAUCUACACUCUCAAAGCAGAUUAGAUAACAAUAUCAAUACUAUGCAUAUCAAUACCAAAAACUUAGAAGUAGAAUCAACAUUUAUUCCCACCGAGUUAAUAGAUUUUAUUAUUGUAAUGUAAAUACAAAAUAAUUUUUGGCGAAAUAUUUAAUAAAGAUAUUCGAUCGUGUUUAUAUACACAAA